AUUUGGUCAGCUGUAUUCAUCAUUCCUUCAAUCUUCUGUAAUAAAAAAAAACAAGUAUAAAUAACAAAAACUGUAUACCAGUGUGUCCAGCUGAUUACCGACAUUAUUUUCUUGUUUUUAUCUGCAAACAGCUCAUACUGUUAUGAUUCUCCCACUUAAGAUUUGUUGAAUACCGUGCCGACUGCCGAGUAGUCAGCGCAGGCUUCAACAUUAUCAAACGUUUUUCGAUUUCAAAUAUCUACAUUCUACAUUAAAAUAGAAUAAAAAAAAUUUUCCUCUUUAGUGUUUAGCAGUAUUCAUUAAUCGCUCACUAUUCAUCGUUUUGAUAGUCGUGCAAUAAUAAAACGAUGAAAACUGUUUCAGAAAAUAAUCGAAUAAUUUCGGACAAGGUGUCCAACAAAAAAGGUACCAGAAAAUGCUUGAAAACGUUGCAACCGUCCGGCGGUGAUAAAGAAAAUUUGGUUGGGACUGGUAGAAUUCAUCAAAACAAUCCUGAUCCUAAAAUAUUGAAGCCACAAACUAAGACUGAAGUAGAAGUUAAAUCCAAUGAAAAAAAGUCUGUAGUUGCAAAAAUAAAUCCAUCCCUCUACAAAAAGUUAAUUAUUGAAGAUCUCACUAGCACUGCUGGUCCUAGUGAAAAAUACUGGGAAGUUAUUGCAGAAAGGCGCAGAAAGGCUUUGGAAGAAGCUCUUGAACAAAAUCGUAAAUUACAUAACAUGGUUAUGGCAUUGGAAGACGAAAAUGCAUCUUGUAAAAAAUUACUUGAGCAAACAACUGAUCUCGUUGACACAUUAAAGGAAGUACUCAAUGAAGAAGAUAAAUCAAUUGAUGAUGAUGUCGACGAUGACAAUUUGUCAAUCGACUCAAAGCAACCAAACAGCAACAAUGAUUUUUCCUGCAGUGAAUCUGAAUAAAUUCUUUUUAUAUUUAACAAAUAAUUCAUUUUUACAUAUUAUUCAACUGAUUUUUUUUGUUCCUACCAAGUAAUAAUUAAUUUUGAAUGAAACUUAAUCAUAUCCAUUUUUGAAUGAACAUUUUUUAUGAUAAUAUAUAUUAAACUGAAAAUAAUUAUGAUUUAGUUAUUUUAUAAAUCUAAACUAAAUUGGUUUACAAUAUAUUAUAUACAUUUAGAAGCAAUAAACUAAUUUUAAAGUUAAUAAAAAAACUUAGUUUGUCUUUUUUA